AUGACUUCCUCCAAUUCCGAUUUGGUUCGUACUAUUGAGUCCGUUCUCGGAAUUUCUCUCGGCGAUUCCGUUUCCGAUUCGGUUGUUAUUAUCGCCACUACCUCCGCCGCCGUCAUAAUUGGACUUCUGGUGUUUCUGUGGAGGAAAUCGUCGGAUCGGAGCAGAGAGUUGAGGCCGGUUAUAGUUCCGAAGUUUUCCAUGAAGGAAGUAGACGAUGAGGUCGAUGUUGGUCCGGGAAAGACCAAAGUUACUGUGUUCUAUGGUACUCAGACUGGUACUGCUGAGGGAUUCGCUAAGGCAUUGGCAGAGGAGAUCAAGGCAAGAUAUGAAAAAGCAGUUGUCAAAGUUGUUGAUAUGGAUGACUAUGCCAUUGAUGAUGAUCAAUAUGAAGAGAAGCUGAAGAAAGAAACUCUAGUAUUUCUCAUGCUGGCAACUUAUGGAGAUGGAGAGCCAACUGACAAUGCUGCAAGAUUCUAUAAAUGGUUUACCGAGGGUAAAGAGGAGAGGGGCACCUGGCUUCAACAGCUCACAUAUGGAGUUUUUGCCCUAGGUAACAGGCAAUAUGAACAUUUUAAUAAGAUAGGUAAAAUUGUUGAUGAAGAUCUCACUGAACAAGGUGCAAAGCGUCUUGUUCCAGUUGGACUAGGUGACGAUGAUCAAUCCAUUGAGGAUGAUUUUAAUGCCUGGAAAGAAACUCUGUGGCCUGAGUUGGAUCAGUUGCUCCGAGAUGAGGAUGAUGUAAAUACCGUAUCUACUCCUUAUACAGCUGCUAUUUCUGAAUAUCGAGUAGUGAUUCAUGACCCCACUGUCUCGCCGUCUUAUGAGAAUCAUUUCAAUGUGGCAAAUGGGGGUGCUGUAUUUGAUAUUCAUCAUCCUUGCAGGGUGAAUGUUGCUGUUCGAAGGGAGCUUCACAAACCUCAGUCUGACCGUUCUUGCAUACAUUUGGAGUUUGAUUUAUCAGGAACUGGCGUAACAUACGAAACUGGAGACCACGUGGGUGUUUAUGCUGAGAACUGUGAUGAAACUGUUGAAGAAGCUGGGAAGUUGUUGGGUCAGAAUUUAGAUUUGCUUUUUUCUCUUCACACCGACAAGGAAGAUGGCACUUCCCUAGGUGGUUCUCUUCUACCUCCUUUCCCUGGUCCUUGCACAGUGCGCACUGCAUUAGCAUGUUAUGCAGAUCUAUUGAACCCCCCACGAAAGGCUGCUUUAGUUGCAUUAGCUGCUCAUGCUUCUGAGCCUAGUGAAGCAGAAAGAUUGAAGUUUCUCACAUCUCCUCAGGGAAAGGAUGAAUACUCCAAAUGGGUUGUUGGAAGCCAGAGAAGUCUCCUUGAAGUGAUGGCUGAUUUUCCAUCAGCAAAACCCCCCCUUGGUGUAUUUUUUGCUGCCAUAGCGCCUCGUUUGCAGCCUCGUUAUUAUUCUAUUUCAUCCUCUCCUAGGCUUGCCCCACAAAGGGUACAUGUAACUUGUGCUCUGGUCGAAGGUCCAACUCCGACUGGCAGAAUUCACAAAGGAGUAUGUUCAACCUGGAUGAAGAAUGCUACUCCCUUGGAGAAAAGUCGUGACUGUAGCUGGGCUCCCAUAUUUAUCAGACCAUCAAAUUUCAAGCUACCAGCCGAUCAUUCAAUUCCUAUUAUUAUGGUUGGACCUGGUACUGGUUUGGCACCUUUUAGGGGAUUUUUACAGGAGAGACUUGCCCUCAAAGAGGAUGGUGUUCAACUUGGUCCUGCAUUACUCUUCUUUGGAUGCAGGAACCGUCAAAUGGAUUUUAUUUAUGAGGAUGAGCUAAAUAAUUUUGUGGAACAAGGUGCUAUAUCAGAGUUGAUAGUUGCAUUCUCUAGAGAGGGGCCUGAAAAGGAGUAUGUUCAACACAAAAUGAUGGAUAAAGCAGAAUACUUGUGGAGUCUGAUUUCUCAGGGUGGUUAUCUUUAUGUCUGUGGUGAUGCCAAGGGCAUGGCUAGAGAUGUUCAUCGAAGUCUUCAUACCAUUGUCCAGCAGCAGGAAAACGCGGACUCUUCAAAGGCAGAGGCUACGGUGAAAAAACUCCAGAUGGAUGGACGUUACCUAAGGGAUGUCUGGUGA